UGCCUCAGCCUCCUGAGUGCUGGAGUUUCAGAUGUGAAUUAUUAAAAAGAAAAUGGCCCGACGGAGCCCUGUAUUUCCUUCUCUUGUCACCGAAGAAAGGUAUAAUACAAGGAAAAUAUGCAUCUAAGGCGGGUUCGAACCAUGCCCCGCCACAGCCAGUCGCUGAGCAUGGCCCCCUACUCCUCCGUGAGCCUGGUGGAGCAGCUGGAAGACAGGAUCCUCUGCCACGAGAAGACCACCGCUGCCCUGGUGGAGCACGCCUUCCGGAUCAAGGAUGACAUUGUCAGCAGCUUGCAGAAAAUGCAGAACAAAGGGGGCGGAGACCGGCUGGCCAGGCUGUUCCUAGAGGAGCACAUCCGAAACAUAACGGCCAUCGUGAAGCAGCUGAACCGGGACAUCGAGGUCCUGCAGGAGCAGAUCCGCGCCAGGGACAACAUCAGCUACGGGACGAACUCUGCCCUGAAGACCCUGGAGCUGCGGCAGCUGUCGGGGCUGGGGGACCUCCGCGGGAGAGUGGCGAGAUGUGACGCCAGCAUCGCCAGACUCUCCGCAGAGCACAAAACGACCUACGAGGGCCUCCAGCACCUGAACAAAGAGCAGCAAGCUGCCAAGCUGAUCCUGGAAACGAAAAUCAGGGAUGCGGAAGGCCAGAUUUCUCAGCUUCUGAACAGAGUGGAUUUGUCCAUGUCAGAGCAGAGCACCAAACUGAAGAUGUCUCACAGAGACAGUAACCACCAGCUCCAGCUUUUAGAUACGAAAUUUAAAGGCACCGUGGAGGAGCUCAGUAACCAGAUUUUAUCUGCCCGGAGCUGGUUGCAACAGGAACAAGAACGGGUAGAAAAAGAACUUCUACAGAGAAUUGACCAGCUUUCCGUGGCUCUUAAGGAAAACAGUGCAGCCAGCGAAAGGGACAUGGAGAAGCUCGGCCAGUUGUCAGCCAGGCUGGACAAGCUGGAGGAGACGCAGAAGAAGAACCUGGAGGGUCCGAGGGCCAAGCAGGAGGAGGACAAGGUGCACGGGCGGAUCAGCAGGCUGGAGCUGCAGAUGCAGGAAGGCUUGCAGGAAAUGAAAGCAGAAGUCAACGCCGGGUUCACGGCCAUCUACGAGAGCAUCGGCUCCCUCCGGCAAGUGCUUGAGGCCAAGAUGAAGCUGGACAGGGACCAGCUGCAGAAGCAAAUCCUGCAGAUGCAGAAGCCAGAAGCCCCCCUGUGACCGGGCUGCGCCCCGACCUGAGGAGGUGUCGCCUGGGCCCGGGGCCCGGGCUCCCGAGGCCAGGCCAGCGCUGCCCAGGGCCGUGCGGCCGGUGUGCAUGUGCCGGGAGACGCGUUUCCAUGGGUCUGGACAUCCACCGUGGGUCUCGGACUCGCUCUUUCUUCAGCAUAUUAAAUACGGUUUUCCCACUUUAUUUUACUUCCCUAAAUUCAGUGGACACCCCCGCCCCGGAAAAGCUUUUAUCUUCUUCAUUUUAUGAAUGAAAAGACUUAAUUUUUUUCAAUGCUCAACGCUCUAACCAAGACUGUUUAACAUUUUGAAAAAUGUCAUGGUGAUUUUUUUAAAUUAAGAAACUAAUGAGUUGUCCCAGGAGCAUGCUGCUCCACAUUCUCCAUCAGGGGGCUGUCCCGAGAGAGUAGAAUUCAGCCUUCGAGUCCACAUCUGGGUUUUAUUACUGUUACCUGUGUGUUUCUUAUAUUGAUUGUCUUCCUGUCAGUCUUGUCUUUUCUAAGGGGAAGAGAUUUAACACUUGGGAAAAAAAGCCCUGACAUUUCUGUAAUGAAAAUAGAUUUACAACAGAUAACUGCCAUAUAGGUUGGAAAUUAAAUGGAAAUCUAAGACAUUCUGGGUACUACAAGGCACAAUAUUUACAUCCACCUAGAUAUACCAGGUUUUAAUAUUUAAAGCUAUUUUUUAAUUAGCCACAACUUGUAUAGUGAUAGCCAUAUAUUUACUAAUGGAAUGGUGGGUAACCGUUUGUUGAUUGCACAAUUAAUUGUUCAUUAAUCAUGAUAGAAUGUGAGAAUUUUCCAGACUUUAUGACUUCUCUAAAUGUUUCCAAAAUUGGCACACAGUGCCAGGGUUUAUACACAUUUAUCGUAACUGUAUUCUUGUGCCUUGGUCUGACCACGUCAGUGCACUCUACCCUAUAAAAUCUGCCGACAAGAGAGGCAUAAUAAUAAUAAUAAUUCAGAAUUGUGAUGUCAAAAUGGGAUCCUAUGUAUUUUUUAAAUGUUCUAAAACCUACCGCUGUUAAGACAUGAAUCAUUCAAUGUUAUUAUAGUGGAAUAGCAAUUCAUACUUUUGUAUGGACAGAGAAACAAAUUGCAUUUAUAAUUCCGUCAAGAAACUUCUGUCUUGUGAUACUUUGUAGACGAUUUUCAGUCUCUAUAUUUGAUCAGCCACUGAAAAUGUGAACCUGUGGUCUUUCAUCACCUGUGCAGAAUGGUAGUAAAGCUCACUGCUCAAAAUUGUGAGGCACCCCGGAACGGGAAUACUUAAAAUGUGUUUUUUUUAAACACUUUUUUGUUGUUGUUGUGGUUGCGUUUGCCAAGGACUCAGGACAAUAAAAGCAUUUUCUAUUUUUAGGCUAACUCACAAAUGA